CCAUUGUGAAGAAUCAAAACCCUAAUCUACCAACGGCUCUUCUUCACUCCAAAGUUUUCGUUUUUUGAAAAAAACCCGAAGGAUUCAAAUUACACUAUGUCGAUGACGGCGGAUACUAAAGCGACGACUGCGCCGAAACGGAAACCAGUGUUCGUAAAGGUGAAUCAGCUCAAACCAGGAACCAGCGGCCAUACUCUGAUCGUGAAAGUCCUUGAAUCGAAUCCCGUCAAACCAGCCAUUCGUAGAAGCUCGUUGACUCAGUCAAUUCGGUCUCCUCGUAUUGCUGAGUGUCUAAUCGGUGACGAUACUGGAUGCAUUCUUUUCACCGCUCGCAAUGACCAAGUUGAUCUAAUGAAGACUGGAGCAACAGUUAUACUGAGGAAUGCGAAGAUCGACUUGUUCAAGGACACGAUGAGAAUGGUUGUUGACAGAUGGGGGCGCAUUGAAGUCACGGAUCCUGUUUCGUUUGAGGUUAAUCGAGGCAACAAUCUCUCUCUGAUCGAGUAUGAAUUGGUCACUUUACCUGUUUAAUGACUACAACCGGUGUCUGUCUCUGCUUCUCUUCGUUAUUAUUUAGUUUAAAUUUCACAGAUUUCUCUCUAGGGGGGUGAGAUUAGAUUCAGUUUUUAUUAGUUUUGAGAUUAUGAUCCUGUAUUUUGAUCUUGCAUAGUUCGGAAAAGUGCUUUAAUUGGUAUCAUUGGUGAUUUGAUUCUGUUUUUAUCA